CAGUCUGAUAUAAUACCUAAGUGUACCCUUGACCCGAGACGCGGGGACGUGUUUAUGCUCCCUCAUAAUUCAGUUCAGUAGUCGGGGAGCGCUCGGCGCGAUCGUACACGAAAUGAAGCUAUUGGCUGUAGCUUUGUUUACAUUGAUCGUAGUUAUACGAACGAACGAGUGCUCACAAAACUGGUUCCCUCAAAACCUAGUAACUACCAUCAGAAAAGAAACCUCACUCAUCAAGGAUUAUGUCAAAGAAAAAGGGCGAAACAUAAAACAAUUCUACAUUGAUAACGUACAGAAAAAAAUCACAUCAUAUUUAGGUUUGCAGCGCCGGGAAUCCGAAGAUGCGGACAAGUCUUCAAGAUUUAAAAGGAAGUUCAAAGACUACAUAGAAGAUGCUCAGACGAAAGAUUACAUGGUAUUCGACUCGAUCGCCCCGGAAGUCCACAAGUAUCCCUGUUCCAGAGACGAUCCCACGAUAGAGAUGACCACGCCGCAGCUCAUCGCGUUCUACGGCUACCACUCAGAGUCCCAUACCAUCGUCACAGAAGAUGGCUACAUACUAACCAUACACAGGAUACCUCAUACCAGAAAUACAACUGAUCUUCGUCCGUAUAGAAAGACAGUACUCCUACACCAUGGGUUGCUCGGUAGUUCAGCGGAUUGGGUGGUGACCGGCCCGAAUAAAGCGCUCGCUUUCAUCCUCUCCGAUGCAGGCUACGACGUGUGGCUAGCUAACGCAAGAGGUAACACCUACUCCAAAGCCCACGUUUCCAAGAAAACCGACACUUAUUCCUUUUGGAACUUUACAUUCCACGAAAUUAGUCAAUACGAUUUACCGGCGAUAAUCGAUUAUAUCAUGGAGAACAAGGGAUGGGAUGUAAAAAUAAACUAUAUCGGUCAUUCGAUGGGUACGACGGUGCUGUUUGCUUUACUAUCGACGAAAACUCAGUAUAAUAAAGUUUUAAGAGCAGGAUACGCCCUAGCCCCCGUGGCCUACAUGUCGCAUGUCCGUAGUCCGAUACGACUGCUCUCGAAAUUCAGUGAUAACAUAGCAUAUUUGAUGAAACUGCUCGGCGCUAACGAGUUUUUGCCACAUAACGCAGUGUUGAGAUGGUUGUCAAAGCACGCAUGUGAAAUAAAUCAUUACGAAGAGGCGAUAUGCGAGAACUCGAUGUUCGUUCUAUGCGGACACGACGAUAAGCAAUUUAAUAAAACUCUGCUGCCUUUGAUAUUGGGUCACGUUCCGGCGGGCGCGUCUACGAAGACUUUGAUACAUUACGCUCAAGAAAUACGUAAUGAUGGCAGAUUCCAGCAGUUCGAUUACGGUCCGGAAGGUAAUUUCAUGAUGUACGGAGCGCCGUUACCACCGGAAUAUCCUCUAUUUAAAAUAACUCUACCGAUAGCUUUACUGAGUGCAGACAACGACUGGCUGGCCGGUACAGAAGACGUGGACAAGUUAUAUGUGCGCCUCAAGAAUCCAUUGGAACGUUACGUCGUGCCUUAUAAAGACUUUAACCAUAUAGAUUUCCUUUGGGCUAUAGAUGCGCCUAAAUUAGUUUACUAUAAACUGCUUCAAUUACUCGACGAUGGUGUCGUUACAUCGAAUAUUGAUUUAAUCACUAAUAACGAAAUUAACUAAAGAAUUAAUUUAAUGUAAUUAUGUUUAAUAUUUUACUGUGAAAUACUCUAAAUUGUAUUCCAAUCAUUUGGUAGGUAUAGUUAGUUAUGACGCUCCAAUAAAAGUAAAUAACUGUGA